UCUUUAAUUAAAAGUCGUAUCAAUGUAUAUCACUAAUAUAAAUAUAGUAAUGUAAAAGAAAUGAGAAGAAAUGUAUCUUCAAUUCUUCAUACAGAAAGUUUUCACCUAACGACUAAGGUCAGUUCGAGUGUCCGACCGAUUAUACAUGGUUUCGGGAAACUGGUUACUGCAUGCCGCCUGUACUCUUAGUGUAAAAACAGACUACUGCAGUGCAACUUAACUCAGCCUUUUUUCUUAUAAUAAAAUUACUUGAACUGAAGCCACCACUUAUGUGUCUUAAUCAGAAGAAUAUAUAGGGUUUGGCAAUAGAAUAAAUGGCUGAAUGCUAACGUAUCUGACCCUCCAAAAGCUGCUAUAAAUACCCACAGCCUCACUACACUUUAACCCACCAGUUUCCGUACAAUAAUCCUUUUCUGAGGACAAAAUGGCUCCACAUUGUUCAACUAAAACCACAGUUUUUGUACUGGCACUGAUCAGCAUCUUCUUCCUCAGAGAAACGGAAGCCCAGGGUAGGUCUCCUCCCCGUCAGCCUCCGGCUCCACGCCGUCCUCCACCUCCACGUCGUCCUCCACCUCCACGCCGUCCUCCACCCCCACCACCAUUUGUUUGUCCACCAUGUGUUUGUCCACCACCAGUAUUUCCACCAAAUAUCCCACCACCCGAGAUUACACCACCCACACCAGAACCUGAGAUUUCACCAAUGAAAGCUCCACCGCCGGGGACUACACCACCCGAGAUUACGCCACCAGAAAUUCAACCACCCGGGGUUACACCACCAGAAACUGAACCAGUAACUCCACCAUCCGGGAUUACACCACCAGAAACUGAACCAAUAAAUCCCCUACCAGAAAUUCCACAACCCGAGAUUUCACCAAUAGAUAUUAAUCCAAAAAUUCCACCACCCGGGAUUACACCACCAGAAACUGAACCAAUAAAUCCCCUACCAGAGAUUCCACAACCCGAAAUUUCACCAAUAGAUAUUAAUCCAAAAAUUCCACCACCCGGGAUUACACCACCAAAAACUGAACCAAUAAAUCCCCUACCAGAGAUUCCACAACCUGAGAUUUCACCAAUAGAUAUUAAUCCAAAAAUUCCACCACCCGGGGUUACACCACCAGAAACUGAACCAAUAACUCCACUACCAGAAAUUCCACCACCAGAAAUUCAACCAGCCGAGAUUACACCACCCGAGAUAUCACCACCCGAAACUGAACCAAAGACUCCACCACCCGAGAUUACACCAUCACAAGUUCCACCACCUGAGAUUACUCCUCCGGAGAUCCAACCACCUAAAAUUGAACCACCAGAAAUUACACCACCAGAAAGUCCACCACCAAAGAUUUCACCACCACAAAUCGAACCACCCGAGAUUACGCCACCUGAGAUUACUCCCCCGGAGAUUACACCACCCGAGAUUACGCCACCUGAGAUUACACCACCAAAGAUUUCACCACCACAAAUCGAACCACCCGAGAUUACUCCACCUGAGAUUCCACCACCAAAAAUUUCACCACCUGAUACACCACCACCAUCCGGGACUCCACCAAAGCAAAGUCCACCACUUCCUCCUCCGAACUUCCAACCACCACCGCCCCCACUCCCUACAUGUCCCAGGAACGCCGCUCAACAAAGGGCAUGUGCCAAUGUUGUAAGACGUUAUGGGAAUUUCCUAGACUUUGGAAGGGCACAACCAUGUUGCUCUCUUAUUCGCGAUUUGUCUGAUCGCGAAGCAGCAGCUUGCCUAUGUGGGUUUUGUGCAACCUCCAGGUCAACGACGUUCCCCUCCUCCUCGCAAUAUUUUUGUUCUCUGUAGGGCUUGUGGUCGCAGGGUCCCCCGAGGCUUCAUGUGCCCAUAACCUUUUCCACGUACCCUUCGAAUUACCUCCAUACACAAUAAUACAUACUUGCCACCUUUAACGAGAACUAAAAUGGUUUGUGACUUUCUUUCUUUCUACUAAUAAUAAUGUAAUAAAACAUCAAUAAAGUCUAUUGGCCUAAUUUGCACUGCUUCAUUAUUGCUGUUUUGUUGAUUUCACU